UUACAUCCCUACAUUUGCAUUUGCUGUUCUUCCAAAUAGCAAAUAGAAUUUAAAUAUGUAAAACCGGAAAAGUAAACAAGAGAUUGCUUAAAUUUAGACAUUUUAAGUAGAUUAGAGCAGCGUUUUAUAACUUUGGAGUCUUCGCUUAUUUAUAAGGUAGGAUAAAUGUUCUAACCACUCCGUUCUCACGAUACUAUCAAAUCACGAAAAAUGGCACGUCAGCGGGAUAAUAAGGGUGGCUCUAAUAGUUCGACUGAUAAAGCUGGAAAACAGAAAAGUUCUAAACAACACAACGAAAAUGCAGAUUCAACUAAAUCUAAUAAUAGCAGUACAACAACUACCAGUACCACCUCCUCGACAACGGCUACCGGUAAUAAACCAAAACACACAGGUCACCCCAAGAAAGCCACUUUUGAGGAGCCUUCUUCCAAAUUUGUUUUGAAUAAAUGGAAGACAUUGGCUGGAAGCAUUUGUAUGGCUGUGGCUGCAUAUUUUUGUUAUCAAGGAUAUUUGGAGACACGUGUCAAUACUCCUUUUGAUAAUCAGAAAAUGGUUACACGCACUGGCCUCGAUGAUGCAGAACGCUAUUGGGGUUCUUAUCGUCCACUUAAUUAUUUUGGUAUGAAAACCCGAGAUCCCCAUUCAUUGGUAAUGGGAUUAAUGUGGUAUACCCCAUCAAAUCUGGGUCAUGGUGGAAAGGGUAUACGUCAUUGGUGUGAUAUGGGCGAUAAUUUGGAUAAGUAUGGUUGGACCCAUCACGAUGGUCGUUCGUUUGGUAUUCAGGAGAUACAUGAUUUGCCCUUUGAACUGAAGACCUCCUUUGUGAAAUAUCCCAGCGGCAAACAGUUUGGAGGUGAUUGGACAGCUAGAAUUUCUGUAAAGAAUACUACCAGAGCUUGGGAUAAAUCGAUAUCUUUAAUAUGGUACGUUGCAUUGGAUGAACGUACAAAUGGUCAUAUCAAAUAUGUGUCAGACGAUAAGAGUCCAGAACCUGGGGUGUAUGGGGAAACCCUGGGUCUAGGAGAAUUCCAGCUACGAUUUCAUCCAGUUAAAGGACGCAUUUUGCACAAGUCAUCUCUUUCCACAGUGGCACCUUCAUUGAGUAAGCUAAAGGAGACUGUAUUUACACACUUCCGUGCUUUUACCGACAAAAAGGGACAACGUUAUAUUGGACUGCCGGGCGAAAUGAUUUCUCAUAAUGGCCAAGCACCGGCCGAUCCAAAUUUUAUUGCUAUACAAAUAACUGCUGAAGUUGAUUUUACCCUGGAUAUAACGUAUCAAUCGACGUCUGGAUUUUCGGUGGGCGAAAUGAUUCCAAAACCUCCUACGGGUAGGGAGUACACAAAUUCACUGCAGGAGCAUAUUGCAGCGUUUGACAAACGUUUUGAGGAAACGUUCCAUUUGAAAGCCAAAGGUUUUUCCAAUGAGGAGAUUAAAUUUGCCAAAUACGCUUUGAGUAACAUGUUGGGCGGCAUUGGUUACUUCUAUGGAGCUAGCAAGGUGCAAUCUGUUUAUACCAAAAAUCCUGUUCCAUACUGGAAAUCCGCUCUGUACACGGCAGUGCCUUCACGCUCCUUCUUUCCACGUGGCUUUUUGUGGGAUGAAGGUUUUCAUGGGCUGCUCAUAUCGUCCUGGGACAUUGAUAUUGAAUUGGAUAUUAUUAGUCAUUGGUUUGACUUGCUUAAUAUUGAAGGUUGGAUACCCCGUGAACAAAUACUUGGUGUUGAAGCUUUAGCCAAGGUUCCCGAAGAAUUUGUUAUACAACGCAACACCAAUGCGAAUCCACCAACUUUCCUGCUGGCUUUAAAGAAAAUAUUAAAACACCAUAAGCAAGAGUUAUCGGUUAAAGGAAGAUUGGACACAUUGGAACGAAUAUAUCCACGUCUACAGGCCUGGUUUUCGUGGUACAACACCACACAGCGUGGUGACGUGGCAGGUACUUAUCAAUGGCGUGGUCGUGAUGCCACCACAGAAAGAGAAUUGAAUCCAAAAACUCUUACUUCUGGCCUAGAUGAUUAUCCCAGGAGUUCACAUCCUACCAGCAAAGAGCGUCACAUAGAUAUUAGAUGUUGGAUGGCGUUUGCCGCAAGUCUUAUGGCGGAACUUUCAACUAUACUGAGGAAGGAUGACCACAAAUACUAUGAAACUUCAGGAUUUUUGAAAGACAAUGCGAUAUUGAAUGAACAACAUUUGAGUCCCUACACGGAAACCUAUGCCGAUUGGGGUCUGCACACCGACUCUGUGGUAUUAAAACGUCCGCAGUUGACGCAAAAGAAUGUCAACCGUAUGCAACAACAGCAACACCAACAAAUGGAAAUGGUUAGAGUGACUCUCAAACAGCCCGAUUACAAGUUUGUCGACUCUACUUUUGGUUAUGUCAAUAUAUUUCCCUUUCUUUUGGAAAUUCUCGAUCAUGACUCGCCCUAUUUGGGUAAACUCCUGAAGGAUAUUCGAGAUCCUCAAAAGCUAUGGACUCCCUACGGAUUACGCUCUCUUUCCAAGUUGUCGCCUUUGUAUCAAAAACGCAAUACGGAACAUGAUCCUCCAUAUUGGAGAGGGCCCAUUUGGAUUAACAUUAAUUAUUUGGCAGUAAAAGCUUUGCGCCACUACGGCAGCAUUGAGGGUCCCCAUGCCGCCUUAGCCCGCGAAAUCUAUGCAGAAUUGAGGGAAAAUUUAAUACACAACAUAUUCAAGGAGUUCCAACGAACAGGAUACUUGUGGGAACAGUACGAUGAUACCACAGGUAAAGGUAAAGGCUGCUACCCCUUUACUGGUUGGAGUUCCUUGGUUGUGCUUAUGAUGUCAGAGCAAUACUAGAGCAUAUAGACUAUAAAUAUAUAAACCAUUAAAGAUUUGACUACUUAGUACAAUUUGUAAUUUAUAUCUUAAACCAUACGAAUCUACUCAAUUAUCAAAAGAAUUUAAAUCAUAAUCUUGAGAAUAUGAUUUUAUCAUUAGUAAAUUUGUAGUUUAAGACCAUGAUAAAGGACAAAAAAAAAAUUAAUAACUUAAAAGCCAUGUGUUAUUUGUGUAGGUAAAAUUAACUAAUAAUAAAUACAGUUAAAUCUUAA